ACCCACCGCCAUCUCCACAAUUUCCUUUCUCACGUAUCCUUCCAAUCGCCUUCGUUCUUGUGGCUUAGAAAGUGAUUCGACAGUCUCUCUUUUACUCGUCCGUCAACACUAUCAGCCCCUUCCAUUCCUUCAUAAAUAUCAAAUCCCCCCGUCCUCCCAUAGUUAAUUUUUUUCUCGUCAACCAUCCACCGCCCUCACACUCUUUUAAUACCCCUGAGACUUCGGUGCUUGUUCAGUUUCUUCGAGGAAAUUCUACCCAUCACACCCGUCUUUCGUUAAUACUGUUUUGAUCGUUCGACAACAAGAUGCGUUUCUUCACGAGCUCUCUCUUGGCCAUUGCUACUCUUGCCGGUUCGGUUUUUGCUGCGGGGAAUCCCAUCAGUAAACCUGAUGGAUCUGCUCCUCUUGUUGCUGGCGAGUCGGUCACUAUUACCUGGACUCCCACUACUCCUGGGCCAAUUACCCUGAUUUUCCGCCAGGGACCUCCCACCGAUCUUAAGGAUGUGUCGGUGAUCGUUUGUAAGUAAUGAACACUGAAUUGUGAUGGUUCAUAAAACUAACUUUGAACAGCUGGCGCUGAUAACAGUGGCUCUUACACCUGGACUGUCCCCAAGGGUACAGCGAGUGGAGACAACUAUGCUAUCCAGAUCGUCGAUGACAAGACCAAGGAUGACAACUACACUCCUCCCUUGCCCGUCAAGUCCGAAGUUGCUCCUAGCUCUUCUAGCAGCAGCAGCUCUGCCACUUCUAGCUCCACUUCGUCUGGUUCCAGCAGCAGCUCUUCUGCCACUACCACAACCUCUAAGCCUGAGAUGACUAGCAAGCCCGCUCACAACAGCACCAUGAUCACCUCUACCACUUCCGCUUCCAACGCAACCAUGAGCACUACCGGAUCAUCUAACGCUACCACCACCCGUGGUAGCGGCGCAGGUAGCAGCUCCAAGCCCACCUCCCCGGGCGGUUCUGGCGCCUCAUCCACUGGGCCCUCGUCGUCUGCCCCCACCGCUCCUAGCAGCGGAGCGGUCGCAUUGGUGAUGAAUAGUCCUUUGGCUCUCGUUGUCUGUGUUCUCGGUGCCGUCAUGUACUUGAACUGAGUACCCAACCAAUCAAACCAAUUCGCUAUUUACCCCGUGUUUUCCUACACCUAAUAUAAUUAAUCGGAGCGGUGGGGAUUUCUUUCCCGCAAGGAUGUUUUUUCUGACCGAAAGGUUAUAUCGACUCGGCAUUCGAAAAGUGAGGGUUGGUUCGGAAGAAGAGGCGGAGCUUAGGGAUUCGAAAUGGGAGGGACUCUCAUCUUGCCGGUUCUUGAUCUUUUUGUAAACAUUUAUUUGGUUUCACAGGGAGAGACGAGGGCGAACAUCAAUACAAGUUGAUUUACCUUUCCCAUCCGCUAUUCUCAUUCAGUGGUAUCAUAAUUUUUUUCAUUCACUUUUCAUUUCACGACGUGGUUUGGGUUGGCGUUUGCUUUUUCUCUGUAUCUACUUUGUGAUGGACGAGUUUGUUGAUGUGAAAUUUAUACUUUUUUUCUCUCUUGAAAGAAUACAGUGGGACUGGGACUGAGAUUGGAGUGGACCCGUAGACUAC